AUGCCCUCCGGUCUCCCUUGCCCUGCUCUUGACCGCAGGGGCGCGCGCCGCGUUGCCACGGAAACGCUGGGCAGGCGCGGCGGCGCGCACUGCGCGCUCUCGCCUCCCGGUGGAAGUGGCGGCGGCUCCUGUGCCCGCGCGCCCUGGCGGCCCGGAGCCGCGCUCGUUGGGCUCCCACCCCGGGUCUCCGGCGGGGAGCAAGGCAAGAUGUUGAGGCGCAACCUGGAAGACCGAGACGCUCAAACAAAACAACUGCAGGAUGCUGUCACCAAUGUGGAGAAGCAUUUUGGAGAGCUUUGCCAAAUCUUUGCUGCUUAUGUACGAAAAACUGCCAGGCUUCGAGACAAAGCUGACCUCCUGGUCAAUGAAAUCAACGCAUAUGCCUCUACGGAGACCCCAAAUUUAAAGCAGGGUCUGAAAAACUUUGCUGAUGAGUUUGCCAAACUUCAAGAUUACCGCCAAGCAGAGGUUGAAAGGCUUGAAGCCAAAGUAGUUGAACCUUUGAAAGCUUAUGGAACCAUUGUAAAAUUGAAACGGGAUGAUCUCAAAGCAACAUUAACAGCAAGGAAUCGAGAAGCCAAACAGUUAUCACAGUUAGAAAGGACACGCCAACGAAACCCAUCUGAUCGACAUGUAAUUUCGCAGGUGGGCAAUAAAAUGGCAGAAACUGAAUUGCAGAGAGCCACAAUUGAUGCGACCCGAACAAGUCGUCAUUUGGAGGAAACUAUUGACAAUUUUGAAAAGCAGAAAAUAAAGGACAUAAAGAACAUAUUUUCUGAGUUUAUCACGAUUGAAAUGUUAUUUCAUGGCAAAGCUUUAGAGGUCUUCACUACUGCAUACCAAAACAUACAAAAGAUCGAUGAGGAUGAAGAUCUAGAGGUUUUCCGAAAUUCUCUGUAUCUACCAGAUUAUCCAUCUCGUUUAGAUAUUGUAAGAGCAAAUUCAAAGUCACCUCUUCAGAGAUCAGUGUCAGCUAAGUGCACAUCUGGAACUGGACAGAUAGCCAACUCUCGAACAAGAAAAGACCAAGUAGAAGAUGAAGAUGAUGAAGAGUUAGAUGUGACAGAAGAUGAAAAUUAAUUUUAAGAAAACUUCACAUUUCCAUUUUCAUGUUAAGUGAAAUCCAGGAUCACUUUAUACUCACUUGACAGGUUAAACUUCAAAAUGAAAUACUACUAUGAAAUUGGGGGGG